AUGCUCAAACAGCAGUUGCAGAUCUUUGAUGUCGUUGUGGUUGGAGCGGGUCUUACCGGACUAAACGCAGUACGAGAGCUGAGACGGAAAAUUCCACAAGCUCGAGUGAAAGUGUUGGAGGGACGGCCUGAGGUUGGAGGACGAAUUCGAGCAAAAUCGAUGCACACAGCAGAAGGAAACGCCUUGGUUGAUACAGGAUCUUACUUCAUAUCACCAUCUGCUAAUGAGGUAGUCGAUUUGGCCAAUGAGAUUGGACUCACGCUGUACACGCAAUCUAAUUGUGGACUGAGGUCGCUAAACAUUCGUGGUUACCGAAGAUCGAGACGGCAAGCCGGAUUACUUUCCACCAAGCACACCUUUGACGACGUGCUAGCAUCUCCAGCCCUUCUGACUCUAGCAAAACAGAAUGUCCACGACUAUCUAGCUAAUCAACACACUACUCGAGCCGAAACCGACACAGCAAAUCGUCUUCUUCAAGUUCUUUAUGAUUCUCCCGAUGUAAACUCCUCAGUGCUGCAUAUCAUGCUAGCAUCAGGAAGUGAAAAUGGUACUUUGGCUGAUAUGCUUUCACGCUAUGGACAUGGUCAAAGUCUGCUGAUGCAAGGUGGACUCCAUAGACUUACAAGUGCUCUAGCUGAUUGGGUGGAUAUUGGAUUCAAUCAAACAGUCACUGCCAUAGAAGAGAGUGAAUCCCAUGCAAUCGUCAAGACCAAAACUACGUUCUAUAGAGCUAGACAGGUUAUUGUCACAAUUCCACCAGUUCUUACAACGUCCAUCGAAUUCACUCCACCACUGGAAAGCGAUUUUGCUCAAUUUACAAAAGACUAUGCUCCAGCUGGAAAGGCUUACUACUUCACCAUAACAUACUCGAGCCCAUUUUGGAGGUCGAAUGGAAAGAAUGGACAGAUAAUCUACACGAAUGCGCAAGGCCCGAUUGUAUGGCUAACAGCUUUCGACGUCGGUAGGCCUACAUUAUGUGCCGGAACCGGCUCUACUGGAAUGCUUUGGGGAAUCGCGCAUUUCGCUGAUGAAAAACCAAUCAGUCAAGCUCAACGCAAUGCCGCUUACGUGGAAGUCGUCACCCAAACCCUUGGUUUGGGAACACACUUGCCUUUGGAUGUCAGUGACGAGCAUUAUGUAUCAGAUCAAUUUGCUCGAGGUGCGGUAGGUGUUCUGACUCCAGGUGUGGAAGCCGAAAGUCUGAAGUAUCUGCAAGGAGUGAACACUCAUGGGGAGCGUGUGGUCUUCGCUUCCGCUGAGUACUCCAACUCAUCUAUGGGAUUGAUGAACGGAGCUCUGCUUUCGGGAAAAUUGGCAGCAUCGGUGGUGACUUCAAGACUUAGCAAUCUCACAGGGAGAGAAGAUAUCACGAAUCGAGUAAACACUAAUGAAAUCCCCACAGUUGUUCGCCUUAGCGACGAUGCCAUCGAGAGACUCCCCGUCUCAGUGCCUUUAAGGCCGAGCAGCCAUUCUCCGUUCGUCUACCGUACCUCCACUCACUAUCCAUCAAUUACGAAUGAAGCCGUAGAAACGACGACAUAUAGCCACUUUAGUUUCAAUAACAACAAAAGCUCCGCCAAUGACAGCAACUUUGAUGAGCACAACAAUAGCACAUCUGACCCAUUUGAAUUUGAAAGCUCCACCAUUACUGAAGAUGAGAAGAGCGAAGAAACCAGCGCUAUGACGAACGACAAUGUUUUGCAAAGGAAUCUAGGCGUGGAGUCGAACUCUCCUACCAGCAAAUUUGUUUACCAGACAUCAAGCCAAAAUCCACCAACUACGAUGAUGGACACCACGACUAUCACACAUUUCAGCUUUGGAAAUACAGUGUCACCGAAGCCCUUCAUAAUGCCUCAAAUAAUUCCUGAUCCUUCAAUCACAACCAUCCCACCACCUACGACGACACAACGCUCGACUUUUACUCCUAUUGAUCCCAGCAGAACGACCACUCCGUUUGUCUAUCAAACCUCUACACUCAAUCCACCUAUGGAACCAGCUGUCCCAAGCGCUUUUAAACAUUUCAGCAAUGGAUUCCAAGAAGGGAAUGACGCAGAAGUCAAAGCAGUCGCAGUAGCACAACAGGAUGCGAUUGUUAAUAGAGCUGUAAAUGGAGAUAUUACAAAACGUUUGAAGGAUACUGCAGAAGAGGCCGACUCCCUUAGUGCCCUUGCUCUAGCCAAGAGACUCUCUUCAAUUCUUGUCAGUCUACUUGACUAUGUCCAGAACGAGCGACGAUGA